AUGUUUCCUCAAACUUUGGCAUUUACUCCACAAGCAACUACUACUGUUUCAAGCAGUUUGCUUCAAGCCUUUUGCUUGCCAUCAGCAACGUCAUUCAUUGCACCAAGAACAAGAAGAACGAACAAUAACUUCAUGACCCUCUACAUGACGUCGUCAACUCUUGAAAAUGAUGAUAGAUCCAAUGCAGAGAAGAAUCUCGAUGAGAGCAGUAUUUUCACUCUCUCCACCUCGACAGAUCUCACAUCCAGCAGCAGUGAUGGUUCUGUCAGCACGACGCUGUCCUCCCUCCUUGUGGACGAAUUUGAGGUUGAGAAACUAGUUCAGAAAUCCUUUCUGAAACAGUUGCGUGUGAGGGCUGAGGAUGCUCCGAAUGGCGGUGUUGAAGACAUAAACCGUUUCAACAAGACACCCAUCAUUGUUGGUCAUCGAGGAAGCGUGUUUAAAGAACUCGAAAAUACUCGGGCUGGUUUCAUCAAGACCGCGGAAUUGGGAGCCGAAGCUGCCGAGCUCGAUGUCUUUCUUUUGAAAUGUGGCACCCUCGUUGUCUUUCAUGGUGGAGGUACCGACCAGAAUCCAGGAGACUUGUUGGAUUAUUGUGGCCGACCUGGCAACAUUUUGGAUCUGACUUACGAAGAAGCACUCCAGCUCAAAUUCAACCCUAAACACGAAGAGUUUGGUUGUCCCGCGGAUGCCACAUUGCGCGGUAGGAUUCCGACACUGGAGGAAGUAUUAUUGGAUGCCAAAAAGACUGGACUUUACAUCAAGAUUGAGCUCAAAGGAGAGGGAACCGUAGAACCAUCUUUGGAAGUUGUAGAACGACUUGAUAUGUUGGAUCAAUGUUCGUUCGCAUCCUUUGAUCACUCUCGGAUAGCACAUCUCCGGAAGCUUCGACCGGACAAGACCAAGUAUCACACUGGUGCACUCUUUAAUGACCGCCCAGACAAUAUCUUGGAACGAGCACAAGCAGCGGGAGCGACCGAGAUUCACUUGCGAUACGAUACAAUUACUCCUGAAAUCAUUCAAGCCAUCCACAAAGCCGGUUAUGGAAGCAUGGCAUGGAUGCGAGGUCCAAUUGGCAUGAAGAGUGACUGCCUCGAAAAGUAUUGGGAUGUCGGGAACGAAGAUGAGACCAUGUACAGUGCCUUGUUACGGACUGGAGUCCAGCAAAUGUGCGUCAACCAACCAGAUGUCCUAGUCCAAUUGCGGGAAAAGCUCGCUGCAUUGCCCGCAUACUAG